GGGCGUGGCGCAUGCGCACAACCUCUCUUUCCUUUAUUACGCGUGCAUUCGUCAUCCACCUCCAAGGACAACAACCUUUUUUUUCAUCGUUUUCUCUUGAGUAAUUUGUUGAAACGACAAGAGAGCUGAAACGAGAAAGACACAGAGACUGUUUUCGACCACGGGACUACAUCCGGGGUACCUGGCCAGUGUGCUUUGAUCGAGAAUAUCCACCCAUGUGCCUUGGAGAAACAAAUGGAGCACACAAAUGUGGGCGUCGGUAACCUAUCCAGACAUCGUCAACUAUCUCCUCUUCUGGACCAACCAAAGAAUUACAAAGAGAGAGGGAGAGCGGUUCGACCGGGACGAGUCCCAAGUGGAGCCCGCACCUCUUUCCCGACUUCCACGGCACACAUUGGCCUGGAUACAAGUACCGGUGAUGAAGGUCAUAUUUACACAAUAUCAGGGGAUGAUCAGGGGACAAAAAUGGAAAAAAAGAAGCGGGGUGCUCAAAGAGAGAGAAAGAAGGGAAAUGGAAAGAAGAAAAAACACAUAGGAGAGACUGCAGAGGAGUUGGUGGGGACAACAGAGAGGGAUGAACAGGAAAAGAGCAGAGGAAAGAGUGAUGAAAAUGAAAGCACGAAGGAGAUCGAGGAGGAAAACAAAGAAAAGAGAGCAAGGAAGAAGAAGAAAAUAAGAGAAAAGAUGGAGGAAGUGAAAGAGGAUGAGGAUGAAAACGUCAAGAGGAAAAAGAAACAGGAAAGUACCCAAAAAGAAGAGAGAAAAGACAACAUUUGUAAACGGGAGGAGAAGAUGGAAGGAGAUGUCGCAAUGAUGAAAAAGCGCAAGAAAACCUGUGAAACCAGUUCAGAGCGGGAAACCAGUGAGGCAGACGGCAACGAGGAAGAGGACAGCGAUGAGGAAGCGUUGAGUCUGACAGCGGAGGAGCUGCAGGAGCUCAAAGAGCAAGUGGACGACAGGAAGGCGCUGAUCCAAAAUCUCCGCGGGAAGCCGUGGGCAAUGAAAAACAAGAUCUUCGCUUUACGGGAGUCUCAGGAGUUCGUCGAGAACUAUCAGGGGGCGUUGGGCAGGGGCAAAGGUCGCAGGUUCUACGCAUACAAACUCGUGAUGAACAAGAAAUGGAUGAAGUUUCAACGUGACUUUGAAAACUUCAAAAGUGCCUGCAUCCCAUGGGAGAUGAAAAUCAAAGAGAUUGAAAGUCACUUUGGCUCUUCUGUUGCGUCCUACUUCAUCUUCCUGAGGUGGAUGUACGGCGUCAACAUGAUCUCCUUCGGCUUGACCUUUGGCCUGGUCAUGGUGCCGGAGGCGCUAAUGGGGCAGCCCUACGGCAGCAUCACCAGAAAGACGGUCCCGAGGUCUGAGGAAGGGCGCGCCAUGGACUUUGCUGUCUUGUGGGACUUUGGGGGUUACGCGCAGUACUCCGUCCUCUUCUAUGGAUACUACAAUGACCAGCGCGCUAUUGGCUGGCUCAAGUUUCGUAUGCCUCUGUCUUACUUCCUGGUCGGCGUAGGAACGGUGGCCUACAGCUACAUGGUGGUCAUUAGAACGAUGGCCCGUAAUUCAAACGAGACCGGGGUGGGAAACGACAACAGCUUUCAUUUCAGCUGGAAAAUGUUCACAAGUUGGGACUACCUGAUAGGGAACUCCGAAACUGCGGAUAAUAAGUUCGCCUCCAUCACCACCAGCUUUAAGGAAGCCAUCUUGGACGAGCAAGCGAGCUGUAAGGACGAUAACGUCCAUCUGACCCGCUUCCUGCGCGUGCUGGCCAAUUUCCUGGUCUUGUGCUGCCUAGCCGGAAGUGGGUACCUCAUUUAUUUUGUCGUGCGGCGCUCCCAAAAGUUUGCCCUGGAUGGAAUGGAAAACCAUUCCUGGUGGGAAAGGAAUGAGGUAAAUGUGGUCAUGUCCUUACUGGGCAUGUUUUGCCCCAUGCUGUUUGACAUCAUUAGCACCCUGGAGAACUACCACCCUCGAGUCGCCCUGCAGUGGCAGCUGGGGCGCAUCUUCGCUCUCUUCUUGGGAAACCUCUACACCUUCAUCAUUGCCCUCAUGGACGAGAUCAACCUCAAACGCGAAGAGGAACAAAUAGUCAAGUUGAAUAUCACACGGUGGGAAACAAGUUUUUCCAACGGCACGCAAUCAGAAAAUGGCACUGCCGUUGAUCCUGCCGACGUGCCCCGGGGGCCCUGCUGGGAGACCAUGGUGGGCCAGGAGUUUGUGCGCCUCAUCAUCUCUGACACCAUGACAACCUACGCCACUCUGCUUAUCGGUGAUUUUCUGAGGGCCAUGCUGGUUCGUUUCCUCAACUACUGCUGGUGCUGGGACCUGGAGGCUGGAUUUCCGUCAUACUCUGAGUUUGAUGUCAGUGGGAAUGUUCUUGGGUUGAUCUUCAAUCAAGGAAUGAUAUGGAUGGGGGCCUUCUACGCUCCUUGCCUGCCCGCCCUGAACCUCCUGCGACUGCACGUGUCCAUGUACCUCCAGUGCUGGGCCGUCAUGUGCUGCGACGUGCCGCAGGAACGGGUCUUCAAGGCCUCUCGCUCCAACAACUUCUACAUGGCCAUGCUGCUGGUCAUCCUCUUCCUGUCUACGCUGCCCGCAAUGUACACCAUUGUCACCAUCCCGCCGUCUUUCGAUUGCGGACCGUUCAGCGGGAAGAGUCGGAUGUUUGAUGUCAUCCACGAGAUGCUCGAGUUAGACUUCCCGGCCUGGUUUGGAAAGGUGUUCAGCUACGCGUCAAAUCCGGGACUGGUGCUUCCCUUCAUGUUGUUGAUGGUGCUGGCCAUUUAUUACCUGCAAUCCACAUCCAAAAGCCACAAAGAAGCAAAUGUUGAACUGAAGAAAAAACUCCAGACGCAAACUGAAUACAACAAACAAAAGAACAAGCAAUCUGCGUUGAAGGCCGCAGCGGAUUUGGAAGAGGCCACGAAAGAUGCAGAAAUACUGAAGAAGACCGGAAAUGGGAAAGAAAAGCACAAGAGAUGUCAGAAAUCACAUCGCGGCAAGAAUGGCCCCAAUUCUGCUGCCUCCAGAGGCCAAGUACGUCCGGGGAGAAGAACCCCGGCAUUCGGGGGUCAUCGCCAUGGCAACACUGAGCCUUCUCCACACCUGCCUGGUUUCACACAGCAAAGUCAUCAGAAGAUCGACACGGUGCCAAGGCUGCAGAGACGCUGAGUGCGUUAGCCUGAUGAACGCUAGCAAAACAAAAAGUACCGCAGCAAAAAAUUGUCGGACACCGAGCCUUAAAUCACAGGUGUCAAACUCGAGGCCCGGGGGCCAGAUCCGGCCUGCCACGUGAUUUUAUGUGACCCGCAAAGGCAAAAUCAUGUGUGUCUCGUUAAAAAUGUGUUCCAAAAUUUCAAAUUGUCAUGUCAUAAAUGAUACCGUUGAGAUAUUGCAACCAUCUUCGUGUUACCAAACAACAACAAUACCCUUGAUUUCUGAUUCCAAAACACGUUCUGAAAUUUCAUGUGUAAAUAUGAUGAGACGAUUCAAGAUUUUUAUGGUUUCAGUCAUAACAGCCCUCUGAGGGAAACCAUAACUGCUACGUGGCCUGUGACAAAAAAGAAUUUGACGCCCCUGCACUAAAUGAAGUUUUGGGCACAAUUGCACAUUUAUGGCGUUAAAUGAAUAAAAUGUUGUACUAAUUAAUUAACUCUAAUGACCCAAGAAGCUACGAGAGUGUAUUGUUUAUUAAGAUUGACGUGAUACUGAAUAAGAAUUCAUUUACUGUAGCGUAUACAGUAUCUAUUAUUUGUUUUGUAUGUAUUGUAGUUUUCUUUUUUCCACCAUACAUUAAUAACAUCGAUAAACUCUUCAAAACUUGACCUCUUUCAUCAGCAGCGCUGUUUGUCAUUUGCUCAACAACCUUAACAGCCUCAAUAUCAGGGCUGGUUGCAUUCAAAUUUGUUCAUGCUUAUAAAAUUAGAGAUAGUUGAAUAUUAUCUGCCGACAGGAACUUUUAAAAUCACAUAAACGUAUCGCAAAGGUCGUUCUCAUUACGUCUCCUUUAUCUGAAUAAUGCAGCCAUUGUACCGGCAUCCUUUGGACUUGUGAUCGGCGGCGUUCAAUUGCGCCAAAGGCUUAAUUGUAAAUCCGUCGGUCGUGGUCUCCUGAGCAGAGCGUCAUCGCGUUACGAAGAUGUCCGACUUGAAUUAUCUGAUAACUGCGCCUUGUCGGAUCCGAUCAAAUGUCCGAGCGGCUGUUCUGCUCCGUGGUCCUGUCGCUCAGCAGUCUCGCACCUGACCUAGUACAAGGCAAAGUUUCCUGUCAGCUAAUACAUA